CAUUUACACAAUGGCUGGCAAGUAGAUCAGGCCAUUCUUUCAGAAGAAGAUCGUGUGGUAGUUAAUCGGUUUGGACAUGAUUGGGAUCCAACAUGUAUGAAAAUGGAUGAAGUUUUAUAUAGCAUUGCUGAAAAGCAGAGGGAUGAAUAUUCUCUUGAGUGAGAAAGUUGGGGAAAGGGUCUAUGGUAUAAGAUUUGCCCUAUUACCUGGCUUCCUCAUGAAUCGAGUUCCAGAAACUUUCCUUGCUGUUUGGACUCACCUGACUGUUUGGAGGUUUAUCCUUCUAACAUUGUAAACCAAAGGAAAGUUGAAGUAAAAUUGUAAACACAGUCACGAAAUAGCAGCUUAGAGAGGGUGACCCUUCCUCAUGGUCUGGCUUAUGAGCCCUGUUUGGAUAUCGCUGCUGUACAAAGUGAAAAAUUUUGCUGUAAUUUACCUCGUAGAUAUCACAGAAGUACCAGACUUCAAUAAAAUGUACGAACUGUACGAUCCCUGUACAGUCAUGUUCUUCUUCAGAAACAAGCACAUAAUGAUUGAUUUAGGCACAGGUAACAACAACAAAAUUAACUGGGCAAUGGAAGACAAACAAGAGAUGAUUGACAUCAUAGAAACAGUUUAUCGAGGAGCUCGUAAAGGUAGAGGUCUCGUUGUGUCACCCAAAGACUACUCAACCAAAUACAGAUAUUGACUUUUUUGGCUAUUUAUUUCAAGUCACGUUUUUUGGAAACUUCUUAAACCCAGACUUAAUAUAGGACAAUUCUUCCAUGGUAACAUUUCAUGUGAAUAUAUUGAACUGAGUAAAUAUGUUACCAGAUUUUCAUUGGAAAAUGCCAUUGAUUUUGGAAAUAAAGUUAAAUUUGCUUUUGAAUAAAGAACUUAAAAAUGUCAAGUGCUUUCUAAAAACAAUUCUAUUUCUUCAAUAAUGUAUUGUCUCUUUUUAAAAAUGUAUUUAGGAAUGCACACAAACUUCUGGAAUAGGCCAGUCAUGUCUCAUGCCAGUGUUUAAAAGCUGCUGUAAAAGCCUAAUCAAAUGAGCCUAGUUUACCUUUGGCUUAGGUAGUCCUGAAAUAUUAAGUUAUCUGGCACUUCACAUUCUCUGCUAUUGUCAUAAAAGUCAGAGAAGAAGCCUUGCUGAUGAUACUAUGACCUAUAUCUGGUUUUUCUGCCUUGAUGUCCUCUUGUAUUUAGGAUCUGCUGAUUAAAAUGUUUUGGGUGCCUGUUGAAGCAGGUGUUGGAAGCUUUCAAUGUAGAAACCAGAGACAAGCCUUUUG